GGUUCCACCUCAGCGGGACGGUAACGGAGCCAGCGACUGCGACAGAACCAGAGAUGACCUACAAGGUGGCCAUCAGCUUCGACCGCUGCAAAAUCACCUCAGUGACAUGCGGCUGCGGGAACAAGGACAUUUUUUACUGUGCCCACGUCGUGGCGCUUUCACUGUACAGGAUCCGCAAGCCGGACCAGGUCAAACUCCGUCUUCCCAUCUCAGAGACCCUUUUCCAGAUGAACAGGGACCAGCUCCAGAAGUUUGUUCAGUAUUUGAUCACGGCACACCACACCGAGGUGCUGCCCACUGCCCAGAAGUUGGCUGAUGAGAUCCUGUCAUCCAACUCAGAGAUCAACCAAGUGCAUGGUGCUCCUGACCCCACUGCUGGGGCAAGCAUUGAUGAUGAGAACUGCUGGCACUUGGACGAGGAGCAGGUCCGAGAGCAGGUGAAGCUGUUCCUAUCUCAGGGAGGGUACUACGGCUCGGGGAAGCAGCUCAACUCCAUGUUUGCCAAGGUUCGGGAGAUGCUGCGCAUGAGGGACUCCAAUGGGGCCAGGAUGCUGACGCUGAUAACGGAGCAGUUCAUGGCCGAUCCUCGGCUCUCCCUCUGGAGGCAGCAGGGAACGGGCAUAACGGAGAAGUGCCGGCAGCUCUGGGAUGAGCUGGGGGCACUGUGGGUGUGCGUGGUGUUAAACCCGCACUGCAAGCUGGAAGAGAAAUCCUGCUGGCUCCGGCAGCUGCGCAAGUGGGGCGAGAUGGACGUCUGUCCCCUGGAAGAUGGUAAUUAUGGUAACGAGCUUCCCAACAUCACCAACGCGCUUACGCAGAGCUCCGGUCACAGCCAAGACUCGCUGGCCAGGCCCAGAAGAACCGUGUUCACCCGUGCGAUCGAGGGCUGUGACCUGCACUGGCAGGAUAGCCACCUGCAGCGCAUCAUUAGCAGUGACUUCUACAUGUCUCCCUCCUACCAGCGAGAGGGCGAGAGCCUCCUCUUCAACUCCCAGGGGCAGCCGCUGUGGCUUGAACAUGUCCCGACAGCCUGCGCUCGGGUGGAUGCCCUGCGCUCCCACGGCUAUCCCAGAGAAGCUCUCCGACUAACUGUUGCCAUAAUCAACACUCUGCGACUGCAGCAGCAAAGGCAGCUGGAAAUAUAUAAGCAUCAGAAGAAAGAGCUGCUGCAGCGAGGAGCAACAACCAUCACCAACUUGGAGGGCUGGGUAGGCCACCCUCUAAACCCCAUCGGCUGCCUCUUCCUCACCCUGACUGAAGCUUGUAGAUUAGAAGAGGAAAAUUGCCUUGAAAUUUCAGAUGCCGGAGACUCCAAACCCCCAGUGUAUCAACAUGUGCCCGUCGCGACUGGCAGCCAAGAGAGCGGCGAGUCCUACCUGUCCCUGGCCUUAGAGGUGGCCCUGAUGGGGAUGGGUCAGCAGAGGGUGAUGCCUGAAGGCCUCUACGCCCAGGACAAGGUCUGCCGCAACGAGGAGCAGAUCAUCGCCCGGCUGCAGGACUUGGAGCUGGACCCGGUGCUGGUGCAGACCCUGCGGAAGCAGUGCAUCUUGCUGCUGGAAGGUGGUCCCUUCAGCGGCCUGGGAGAAGUCAUCCACCGUGAGAGUGUCCCCAUGCACACCUUUGCCAAAUACCUGUUUUCUGCCCUGCUGCCCCACGAUGCAGAUCUGGCGUACAAGCUGGCUUUGCGGGCCAUGAGGUUGCCCGUCCUGGAGACCACGGCACCGUCCGGCGACGUGACUCACCCCCACCACCUGGUCUCGGUGGUCCCCAGCAGAUACCCGCGCUGGUUCACCCUGGGGCACCUGGAGUCGCAGCAGUGUGAGCUGGCCUCCACCAUGCUCACGGCAGCCAAAGGGGACAUGCUGCGCCUACGCACGGUGCUGGAAGCCAUCCAGAAGAACAUCCACUCCUCCUCCUUGAUCUUCAAGCUGGCCCAGGACGCGUUCAAGAUUGCCACGCCGGCCGACAGCAACUCGGACGCCGCGCUCAACGUGGCGCUGGAGCUGGGGCUCCAGGUGAUGCGCAUGACCCUGUCCACGCUCAACUGGCGGCGGCGGGAGAUGGUGAGGUGGCUGGUGACGUGUGCUACCGAAUGCGCCAUGAAGGACCCGCAGAACUGCGCCCUGUCCGCCCUGACCCUCUGCGAGAAGGACCACAUCGCCUUCGAGACGGCCUACCAGAUCGUCAUCGACGCCGCCUCCACCGGCAUGACCUACACCCAGCUCUUCACCAUCGCCCGCUACAUGGAGCACCGGGGCUACCCGCUCCGGGCGUUCAAACUGGCCUCGUUGGCCAUGACGCAUCUCAACCUGGCCUACAACCAGGACACGCACCCGGCCAUCAACGACGUGCUCUGGGCCUGCGCCUUGAGCCACUCUCUGGGCAAAAACGAGCUGGCGGCCAUCAUCCCGCUGGUGGUGAAGAGCGUGCACUGCGCCACGGUGCUCUCGGACAUCCUUCGCCGCUGCACCAUGACGGCCCCAGGGCUGGCCGGCAUCCCCGGCCGCAGGAACUCGGGGAAGCUGAUGUCCACCGACAAAGCGCCCCUGCGACAGCUGCUGGACGCGACGAUAAGCGCCUACAUCAACACCACCCACUCCCGGCUCACCCACAUCAGCCCGCGGCACUACGGGGAGUUCAUCGAGUUCCUCAGCAAGGCCAGGGAGACCUUCCUCCUGGCGCAGGACGGGCACAUACAGUUCGCCCAGUUCAUUGACAAUCUCAAACAAAUCUACAAAGGCAAGAAAAAACUGAUGUUGCUGGUGCGGGAACGGUUUGGGUGAGCCCCGGCCCCCGCCACGCUCACGGGCAGGGUCCGGCCGCAGCACGGGGACUCUGGGAGAGAAGGAAGGAAAGCGGAGAUCGCCUUCCCCCCAUCGGCAGAGGCUGCUCUGUUCUGGUCUUCUGUUUCUCUUACUUUUUUUAUUUUAUUUCUUUUUUUUUUUGUUGGGUUUUUUUGUUUUUUUUUUUUUUUUUCUUUCUUGGAUUUAACCAUUUCACACGCUGAGAGGAUCCAGAGAUUCCUUGGGCACAAACCAAAAGGCAACCACGGGGAAAAAAGGAUGGUUCGCUCAGCCCCCUGCCCUCCCUUGCCAAUACCAAAAGCUAACCUGGAAAUCUAAUACCUCUUUCCUGAAGGAAGCGGUCGCUGGAGGGAUACGAAGGUUGCAAAGUGCAAAAAUCUUUAAAAUUAUGUGGGGAA